AUGACGCAUUCCGUGCAUGGUCUAGUAAUAAGUGUGAUUUUAACAGUUGCUUCCGGAGCAUUUACCGACCACUCGAAGAAGAUCUGUAUCAACAAAUAUAGUGUUACCUGUUUAAAAUUGGAAAUCGUGUCAUUUCUUGAACGGAUAUCGGAACAAUCCGAGUACAAUUUAAUGUCCGGAGUGAGUGUGGUAAAAGAUGCCGAUGCAAACGUCACGAAAACGGCCGAAAUCAUCGCCGAAGUUUCCAGAAUUUUUCCAAAGGAUCCGAAUAAACGAUUGGACGAGUUUUUAAUAGUAAAGUUGAACAAUUACUUGAAAAGUCACUCAUUGAGAUUAAAGCUAAUGGACAGCGAAGCUAUGGAAAAAGCGCGUGCUCUUUUUGAAGGACGAAAGGGAAAACUUGGCAAAAAAGGCGGGUUGGAAACAAUGAUCGCCGCUGCGAUGAUGAUGAAAGGAACACUAGGAGCAAUUGCUCUAGGAACCCUUGCGCUCAUAGCCGGCAAGGCUUUGAUGACAGGACUGUUGGCGCUUACCUUGGCCACCAUUGUUGGACUCAAAUCGCUCACCGGCGGCGGGGGCAGCCACAAAUCCACAACCUACGAAAUAAUAGCGAAACCAAUGUACUCACAUGCCGAAACGGAGGAAACCAGUCAUCCGCACACUGGCUUUAGCGGGGGCUGGAAACGCUCCCAACGAAUAGAGAUACCGGAAUAUUACGCCAACGAGGGAUACUAA